AUGGCGGGAUCUUUGGCAUCUCUCCCUUCCACCGGUCCCUCUCUCGUACCUCUCACUAAGAGUCAACGAAGUCGCUCGGGUGGAGGUAACUGGAUCGCCACAUCAUUUCCAGCCGCUUCUCUGCAGAUCAUCAAUGAGUUCUCAAGCUCCGAAACUAUCCUCGCCGUUUCUUUAAGCGGGAAGAUCCUUGAAGUGCACUACAUGUCCAAUCUGCACUUCUCCUGGCCUCAAAUCCAAUGCAUCCCUGAAAUUCCUGCUAGGGGCAGCAGAGCUGUGUUUGUAAGCUACAAAGACUGCGCUGACGAGAUUCAGAAGUUUGCUUUGCGAUUUUCUACAAAUCAUGAGGCAGAAUCAUUCAUGAAUACUCUGCGGGAGAAGUUCAAGGGUGAAGUUGAAAUUGAACCUUUAAACACAGAUUUUGGAUCUGAUUUUUCACCACAAUCAGAGUUCAUAUCUAGUAAUGGACUUCCUUCUAGAGACAAUCAAGAGUUUAGUGAUUUGAAUCCGGAUGGUUCUUACACACCACAAAUGUGUCCCAGUUUGAGCUAUGAAAUUAGACAGCAGUCAUUUGAUCAAGAUGUGAUGCUUAAUAACAAUUCUGAUGGAAUUUUUCCACCCUUUCCCCCUAGUUUCACGUCAUUACUGACCAAUUUCUGCCCUACCGCUGAAAAGGCUGCCAAUAAACCCAGAGUGUCUGAGGAAAUCGAUCUCAAAUCCCAAAUUGUGAAAUUCAUGGAAGAUUCUUCCUUCCAAGAUAUGUUGACUAAAGUAGAGAAAAUUAUCAGUGACGUUGGAGCUGACAUGCUGCUGUAAGUUGCUUUAUCUGCUUGGGCUUUCGAACAUGAUCGAGGUGCUCAUACAUUGAAUGCUAGGUUUCUUUUAUUAUUUUUAUAAUUAAGUGAUGAUACUACUAUUUCUCAAUUACGUUGUA